CUCUUCCAUCCAUUACUCCUUCCACUCGUUUCAAUAUCCAAUACUUUUCUAUUGAUUGGAGGACCUUGCCAAAGAGGAACACUGAUAAUAGUUAAGCUAUCCCGUUGUUUAUACUUCAAAACAUAUUCAAAAAAAAAACAUCAAAAAAAGAAAAAUUUUUUGUAUUGAAUUUGAUAUAAAAACGAUAUUCUUGUUCAUUUGAGUAUAUUCCUGGUAUAGGAGUUGCUAUAGUCAAGAGGCGGAAAGAUAGAGAAUUGAAAGCGCCCAAGAUGAUACCAAUUAAACGACAGAUGUUGUCGAUUUUCUACUUGAUUACUUUAAUUAUUGCAUCAACAUUUGAAUCGGUUUCAAUUCCUGAUAUUCAGUUUUCGAAAAUAGGUUCAAGAAUCGGGGUGUUUGGCUCUUUCGACUCCUUGUCAUAUUAUUCUUAUCACAAUGCAUCUUCAUUUCUCCAAAAUCCAAAUGAAAACUCUCCUUCAAAUUCAUCUUCAAAUUCAAAUAAUUUAUACGUAAGAGAUUCUUCCAAAAAUUAUAACUUAAAAUUCGGUGAUACCAAUGGAGAUAUUAGUCAGAUCUUACCCUUGAGUGAAGAUACAGUUAUAAUAACGGGGAAUUUUUCAAAAUUCAAUGAUAAAUCUUAUCAACCACCAAUAAUAUACAAUAUAACAUCGGGGGAUGUCUCGCUGGUGUUUCCUUCUUCGUCUUCUAAAAGAGAUGAUACGCCAAGUAUUGAAAGCGGUGAAGUUAGCGUCAUGUACGUUGAUGAAGAUCUUAUUUACUUGGGGGGUGACUUUAAAUUUAAUAACACUUAUGGAGCGGCUAUAUAUAAUCAAACCUCGAAACAAGUUUAUAAUACCCCUUUCAAAGGUUUUGGUGAUAAAGCAGUGGUGAACUCAAUCAUGAAGAUCAAUCAAAAUAAUAAUAAAGAUGAUGUUAAUAAAGGUUCCAUUGUUUUCGGUGGGGAUUUUAACACCCUUGGUCUCUCUGACUUAUUAGCACAAAACGUUUCCUCAAAUUCAACUUUAAGACAUCAUAAAAAUACCAAUGAUACCUCUUUAGAAACCGCUGAACAAAUCAUCUCAAUUAAAUACGGUACUUUUUCAAAUACUAAUGGUGAUUCUUCAAAUGAUGAUUCUUCUAUCAUUUGUCCUUCUAAUAAUAAUAAAUGGUCUCUACAACCUGAUGUUGGUGGCCAGUGGGCAGUCGAAUUACCAAAUGAAGUAAAAGGAGUUUAUCCUACUAAAGCUCGUCUUUAUGUUCCGGAUGAUGAAGACUCAGUCCAAUUAUUUAGAAUUUAUUCUUAUCCAAAUAAUGGGAUCAUGAAUCUUUCUUAUAUUGACCCUGAUACAAAUGAUAUUGCUUAUUGUGAUGCUUGGUGUCCCAUGAAAAAGGCUUCGGAAUUAAAAGAUUAUACUAGUAAAAAUAAAAAACAUAAAAAAUCAUUAACCGAUGAUAUGACUUAUGUUGAUGAUGAAGGUUCUUUCCAAACUUAUUAUGAUGAUACUUCGAAAACGAAAGUCUUGGGUUAUGGUUCAAAUUAUCAAGAAUUCUCGUUUGAAAAUUCAGUUAGUGUCGAUAAAGUUGGUGUUACAAUUGUUGGCUGGUAUGGUUCAAAAGGUGCUUUGAGUGGUUUUGAAUUAUACUCUAAUCAAAUUAUGGUCUACGGUAAUGACUCCUUAAAUGAACCAAAUUGUGAUGACGACGAUGAUGGUCCAGUUAAUUAUUCAGAAUUAAAAUCUGGCUCUUGGAAAUCAGUUACUUCCCUUUCAAAUUCAGUUUCAAAUACCGAUUAUUUGGUUUCGGUUGGUACUGAUGCCGAAUUGAUUUUGUAUCCAAAUAUAUCUUAUUCGGGUAAUUAUUCUAUUUUAUUCGGUACUCCAGGUUGUACCCUUGAUAACUCUUGUGAUAAACGUUCAAUUGUUAACGUUUCUGUUAUUGAUAAUGAUGAUAACAUGUUGGCUUCAAAAUUAAUUUAUCAAAAUAAUAAUAAUGAUAAAUUUGACUACUUAUUUUAUGGUCACUUAAAUGGUACUGCCGAUUAUGAUGGUCACAAUAAAAUAAAAGUUGAAUAUCAUGACACUAUAACUCCAGGUACUAAUGAUCCUUGGGUUGUUGUUGAUAAAGUUACCACCAACGUUGUCGAAUUAGAUGAUUAUAUGGAAAUGAAUUCAACAAAUAAAUCUUCUAACCAUUCCAAAGAAGACUCGGAGUUACAUCAUCUCAAAUUACACUCACUUUUUGAAUAUUCAAUUGCUAAUUUCACUGAUUUCGAUGAACUGAAAGUCAGUUACAAAGAUGGAGAUGACAAAAUUAUUAGUAAAAAGAAUACAUUCGUUGGUAAUUCUACCUUAAAUGUUCUCAGUUCAAAAUUAUCUUCAGAUUCCAAAAUUGAUGAAUUAAAUUUAAAUGGUGAAACCAUAAGCAUCAUAGGCAAUUUCAAAUCAAAAUCUUUGAAUUUAUCAAGUGAUAAUCUUAUCAGUGUUACACUUAAUAAGUAUAAUGAUACUUCAAAUCAAGCUAUAUCAGAAAUUGAAAAACGUAAAUUAAAUUACGAUUUAUACGAACGUGUAAAUUUUAAUGAUUCCAUAAGUAAAGUAUCCAGUUUGGGAGACGCCUCUAUUUACCUUGGUAAGUUCAGUUUAUCUAAGAAAGAUGAUUCAACAAAACUAAGAGACUUAUCAAAUAAAAACAAUUCCGUUGACACUGCUAAUAAUUUUGCCAUAUACUAUAACUCGGCCUGGUAUAGUUUUGGUAAUAAUUUUUCUGAUAUUUCUUAUAAUCAAGUUUCAAAUCUUACUAUCGAUGACACUGAAUAUUUUGUUUUUGGUGCAGAUGGUGACAAUUUCAAAACUUGGGAUAAUACUAAUAGUAAAUGGCUAGACAGUGAUAGUGAUCUCCAGUUAAACAUCACCUCUGCAGUCAGUCUUAGUAAAAAACAACAAAUUUUAAGUGGUUCAUCAUUCAAUAUUAUGGAUUAUUAUGGUAAAGACCAGGCUGCUAUAACCGAUGAUGGUAUAGAACCUUAUAAGUUUGACAUCGAAGACGAUGGUUAUGAAAUUUUUGCUUCAUACUACAUCAACAACUCUGUUAGUGUGAUAGGUGGAAAGUUCAAAACCUCUUCUAAAAUUUCUAAUGUUGGUUUCAUUGAUAAUACUAGUAAGAAUAGAUCAAUGGUUGGCUUGAAUGGUGACAUUAAAUUCACAGAUGAUGCCGUUGUUCAAGAAUUAUACGUGGAUAGUGAUGGUAAGUAUCUUUUCAUUGGUACUAAUGGUACUGCCACUAUUGAUGGAGAUAAAAACGUUACUGGAGUUAUUAUUUACAAUUUGAAGAAUAAUAGCUUCACUGACUUCCAACCUGCCGAACUUGCUAAUAUUGGUGGUGAUUCGAUAAAUAUCAAUGCAAUUGUCUUAUAUGAUAAAGGUAAUAAAUUAUUAGUUGGUGGUGACUUUGUUCUGGCUGGUUCAUUGCAGUGUAUUGGUUUAUGUGUUUAUGACAUUGCUAAUACUAGAUGGAUGGAUCCUGCCUCUAGUGAUAAAAGUCCAUCUAUUGAUGGAAGUGCUACCGAUAUUAAAUUUUUCAAAUCUAAUCAAGUUAUCAUUAGUGGUAAUUUUACAAUUGACUCAUCAGAUGCUAACUUUAUUACUUAUGAUUUCGACAAAGGUAUGUUUGCCACAUCCAAAUCUUCCCUCAAUAAAUUAGGUUCAUCUCAGAAAGUGAACAAAUUUACAAUUAACGACGAAAAUGAUAGUAAAUUGAGUGGUCGGUUUUCUGCACUUGGUUCUGAUUUUAUUGUUGGUUAUGAUGGCUCUAGAUGGGCCACCCUUGAUGAAGGAAUUCUCUAUACACCUUAUACUGAGUUCACUGAUUUGAAAAUCAUAGCAUUAGAAAAAGACUUGUCUUCAAAUAAGAACCAAAAAUACUUCAAUAAAAACCAAGCAUUGAUAUUAGCGGGAGUUUUUGAAUUGGAAGAUUAUGGUUUAGUUAAUGCUGCAUUAUACGAUGGCUCCAAAUGGAUUCCAUACGUUUUUUCAGCAAAAGGUUCUGAUCAAAUAGGAAGAAUAAAUACCUUUUUAUUCAAUGAUGCAUAUCGAUUCCUGUCCUCUGAUGAUAUCACCAACAAGAAUAAAGGUUUGUCAAGUGGUAAAGUAGUUGGAAUAUCAUUGGCUUGCGCGUUAGGAUCGACAACCUUAAUUGGUUUGUUAUAUAUAAUUCCAUAUUUCAUGUUAUUCAGAAAAUCCAAACAAUCCGGAGUAACUCCUCAAAGAAUUGAAGAGAAAGAGAUGAUGAAUGCAGUUAAUCCUGAAUCAUUAAUUCAUGAAAUGGAUUUACAAAGAAAUCAUUAAGAACAUUUCAGUUAUUAAUUGCUUCGAGUUACUAUAAUCCUCCCGUCCUUCUUUUCAUUAAAUUUCACAUUUAAUCCAG